CCCCCCCACACCCCCACACACACAUUGAAUGCAUUGACCUUAUGCACUGAUUAGGGUUCAGAGUAGCUCUACAUUCUUGCUCUCUUCACAACUUCAUCAUGAAACUAAAGCUGUGCUUACUGCUUCUCUUCCUCUGUGCCAUCAUUGUUCCUGCACAGUUGAAGAAAGAAAAGAAGGGGCACAAGCAUGGAGAAAAAGAACAUGGUAAACAUGGGAAAAAAGGCAGAAACAGAGUACAUUUCUUGACUGCUGAGUUUGAUACGUCUGAAUCUGAUGAUGAUGAAGAUCCAACAGAUCCAAAUGAAUGGUUGCUUGAACUUCAAGAUGUAAGAGGAAAAUGCAGCCCAAGCCCAUGCCGGAAUGGAGGUUUUUGUGAGCAAAAGAGAGAUAAAUAUAAGUGCAAAUGCCCAGAACCAUUCGGUGGCAGAAGAUGCGAGAGAAGGAGAAAUGUUUGUAGUAAAGGAAAAUGUGGAGUGGGACUGUGCCUUCUGACAACAUCACCUCCUUACUAUAAGUGCAAAUGCAUUCCACCUUUUGCACCACCAAACUGCGAAAUACCAUCUCCAUGUACUCCAAACCCCUGUCAGAAUAAUGGCAAAUGUGUCAAGGAUGAAGAUGACUUUGACUGUGUCUGUCAAGCAGAAUUCAAAGGAAGAUACUGUCAAGUUGACCCAAAUGACUGCUAUAUAGGAGAUGGUGAGUCAUACAGAGGCAGGGUUUCAGAGACAGAAGAUGGCGAUGAGUGUCUCGAUUGGAACUCUGAGUUUGUUCUGGAUAAAGGACCUUUCCCUUCAGUCACUAUUGGCGGCCUGGGACCUCAUAACAACUGCAGAAACCCUGAUGGAGAUAGGAAGCCGUGGUGCUUUAUAAAAAAGAACAAGAAGCUCAGAUGGGAUUAUUGUGAUGUCAGAAAAUGUGAAACAAACACCACAGAAGUGAUUACCACCACUACCAAACCAAAAACUACCACAGAUGUGCCACGACGUACUACAUCAGGAUAUGCGUUUAGAACAACCACACCACAGAUAGGAGAUAGAUUUGUGAACGUCACAGGUAAGCCUCGCACUACCACUGCCCCUGUGAGGGUGACUUCAUCCAAAGGCCUUUUUUCCACUGUGCCACAUCAUCCAGUUACCAUAAAACCUGUGAACACUUCAGUAACAAAGGAUUUUCUUACCUGUGGUAAACCUGAGCCGAAAAAACAGUUCAACCGAAUUUAUGGGGGUCUUAAAUCUAUUCCUGGAGCUCAUCCAUGGCAGGUGUCAGUUCAGGCCAAAACAAAGGGCGGUAUCUUCUUUAAUCACGUUUGUGGUGGGACUCUUGUAAAGCCUUGCUGGGUGUUGACUGCAGCCCAUUGCAUUGAAAAGAAGAAUGAUUACAGAGUUAUGGUGGGAGGACUAAAUCUGGUACAAAAUGAUCCACAACCCCAGUUGUUGCUAGCAGAGAAAGUUUUUGUCCAUGAGCAAUACAGGGAAACUUCUGUUGUCUACAAUGAUAUUGCUUUGCUAAAGGUGAAAGCAUCUAACGGAGAAUGUGCUACGGAAAAUCAGCUUGUGAAAACUGCCUGCCUGCCUACAGAACCUUUUGCGGAUGGAUCAGAAUGUAGUAUCUCCGGAUGGGGAGCCACAGAGACCUUGGAACAUGGCUCCGGUCAUUUGCUUGAUGCACAGGUUUUACUCAUCUCUCAGGAGGCUUGUUCAACCAAUAAAGAUUAUGCAGCUGUUUUAGACAGUGGCAUGUUUUGCGCUGGCCAUCUCAAGGGAGGAGUAGACUCCUGUCAGGGGGACUCUGGGGGACCUCUCACGUGUGAGAGGAAUCAAACACACUUUGUUUAUGGUAUAGUGAGCUGGGGGGACAGUUGUGGGGAGAUGGGCAAGCCUGGCGUCUAUACCCGAGUCACAAAAUAUGUGGACUGGAUCAACACAAAAAUUGCUCAAAACUAGGCGGAAUCAAUUUAUAAUUACCUACUGCAACAUUUGAGAUAUUUCUAAUAAUGAUUGAAUAUUUCAUUCAUCUGAUUCAUCUUUUUGCCAUCAUUGAAUAUGUUUUCUUAUCUCGUAAGGUAAAUAAUUAACACAAUUGCACAAAUGCACAACCCUAUUCUUUGAAUUUACAGUAAACUAUUUGUAGCUACUAUUCAAAUGUUUCCCUGAUCUGCUUGAUACGUAUAGAAAAAUAUUGUUUAAUGAUGAAAUGAUGAUCAUUAAUGAAAACAGUUAAUUUUAAUGGUUGGUUUAGAGUGCUGUUCAAAUAACUCAAUUGUUAUCUUCUGAUAUGCAAAAAAAGAGAAAAUGUUACAACAUAGCUGAAGCUGAAUUAAUCAAAUAGCACUUGUUAUAUAAGUCUAUGUUAAAUCUUACAAACUUCUGCUAUGUAUUAAAGGUAUGACCCUUGUA